AGUCACGUGGUGCUACGAUGGCGGCCUCCGGAGCGGUGGAGGAGAUGCGGAGCCGCGUGGUACUUGGAGAAUUCGGGGUCCGAAACGUUCAUACCACGGACUUCCCGGGAAAUUACUGCGGCUACGAUGAUACAUGGGACCAGAGCCGCUUCGAGAAGGAAUUCCGCGUGGAUGUGGUGCACAUGGAUGAAAACUCGUUGGAAUUUGAUAUGGUUGGAAUUGAUGCUGCUAUUGCCAACGCUUUUCGGAGGAUCUUACUAGCCGAGGUUCCAACCAUGGCUGUGGAAAAAGUCUUCGUGUACAACAAUACGUCUAUUGUGCAGGAUGAGAUACUGGCCCAUCGUUUGGGUCUCAUUCCUAUUCGUGCUGAUCCUCGGCUUUUUGAGUACCGAAACCAAGGUGACGAAGUGGGUACUGAGAUAGACACAUUGCAGUUUCAGCUAAAGGUCAAGUGUACCCGUAAUCCUCAAGCUGCCAAAGACUCCUCUGAUCCCAACGAACUUUAUCUCAAUCACAAGGUAUACACAAAACACAUGACAUGGAUACCCCUGGGAAACCAAGCAGAUGUUUUCCCAGAAGGCACCAUUCGUCCUGUGCAUGAUGACAUCCUUAUUGCUCAGCUACGUCCUGGCCAAGAGCUUGACCUACUCAUGCAUUGCGUCAAAGGCAUUGGCAAAGACCAUGCAAAAUUUUCUCCUGUAGCCACUGCCAGUUAUAGACUGUUGCCAGAUAUCACUCUACUCCAGCCAGUAGAGGGGGAAGCAGCUGAGGAGCUGAGUCGAUGCUUUUCACCUGGUGUCAUUCAGGUGCAAGACGUCAAAGAACCAGUAAUCUGGUUUAUUUCAUCAGGGAAAAAAGUAGCCACAGUUGCCAAUCCCCGUCUGGAUACCUUCAGCCGAGAGAUCUUUCGGCAUGAAAACCUUAAGAAGUUGGUGCGGCUGGCCCGAGUACGGGAUCACUACAUAUUCUCAGUGGAAUCGACAGGUGUCUUGCCCCCUGAGGUCCUAGUGGGUGAAGCCAUCAAAGUUCUAAUGGGAAAAUGUCGGCGCUUCGUGGAUGAAUUGGAUUCAGUUCAGAUGGACUGAAUUAUCUUAUAACAACUUAGUGGGGACAACACCUGGCUGGCAAGAUGGCUCACUUUGUGGGGAUACCCCACUCUAUCCACAAACUCUGGGAAUUGUCCCAUGAUUCCUGAAUAGGCUGGCUCCCUAAAAGAACAUCAGUGGGCAUGGGGUUGGAGUCUUAUAACACAGCCCGUCCUGAUUGCUCUUUUGAAGUGUCAGCUGUACAAUGAAAAGAUUGGGUAAGCCAGUUACAACAGUAUCUGGCUUUUACAGUGCAUUCCCCAAGGCAGUGGGUAAAGCAGAGGAAGGACAACAACAUAAAGAACAGCCUUGAAGUGCCAUAUGUAGUAGUAGUAAUAGUAUAUGCUAUGAGAAAGGCAGCUUGUAUAUUAAAUUUGUGUAUCAAACUCAGA